AUGACGGGCGGCCGGUUCGACUUCGACGAUGGCGGCACCUACUGCGGCGGCUGGGAGGACGGGAAAGCCCACGGGCACGGCAUCUGCACCGGGCCCAAGGGGCAGGGCGAGUACGCCGGCUCCUGGUCCCACGGCUUCGAGGUGGCGGGCGGCUACACCUGGCCCAGCGGCAACACCUACCUGGGCUACUGGGCGCAGGGCAAACGCCACGGGCUGGGCGUGGAGACGAAGGGCAGGUGGAUGUACCGCGGCGAGUGGUCCCACGGCUUCAAGGGGCGCUACGGGGUGCGGCAGAGCCUCAGCACGCCGGCCCGCUACGAGGGCACCUGGAGCAACGGGCUGCAGGACGGAUACGGCGUCGAGACCUACGGGGACGGAGGUACAUACCAGGGGCAAUGGACAGGAGGGAUGCGACAUGGAUAUGGUGUACGUCAGAGUGUACCCUAUGGCAUGGCAACUGUGAUCCGUUCACCCCUCCGAACGUCUCUAGCUUCACUUCGAAGUGAGCAGAGCAACGGCACUGUUCUGCAUGACGUCACUUCAGACAGUCCGGCUGGAACAAGAGGAGGUUUUGUGCUCAAUUUUCACAGUGAUCCAGAAGCCAUGGGCAUUAAGAAAAAAGGAGGCUUAUUCAGAAGAGGAUCCCUUCUUGGUAGUAUAAAACUUAGAAAAUCUGAAUCUAGGUCAUCGAUAUCUAGCAAACGGAGCUCCGUCAGGAGUGAUGCUGCUAUGAGCAGAAUUAGUUCUAGCGAUGCCAACUCUACAAUUAGUUUUGGAGACGGUGACUGUGAUUAUUGCCCUAUGGAAGACCAUGUUGAUGCCACCACUACAGAAACCUAUAUGGGUGAAUGGAAGAAUGACAAGCGCAGUGGUUUUGGUAUUAGUGAGCGUUCAAAUGGUAUGAAAUACGAAGGUGAAUGGCUAAAUAACAGGAGGCAUGGAUAUGGAUGUACCAUGUUUCCAGAUGGCACCAAAGAAGAGGGAAAAUAUAAAAAUAACGUUUUGGUCCGUGGAAUAAGAAAGCAACUUAUACCAAUACGAAACACAAAAACUAGAGAAAAGGUGGAUAGAGCAAUAGAGGGUGCACAGCGAGCAGCUGCCAUGGCAAGAACCAAAGUGGAAAUUGCAACUUCAAGAACUGCACAUGCAAGAGCUAAAGCCGAUGCUGCGGAUCAAGCUGCUCAGGCUGCUCGCCAGGAAUGUGAUAUUGCAAGAGCAGUUGCCAGAGAACUUUCACCAAAUUUCUACCAACCAGGCCCUGAUUAUAUCAAACAAAAAUUUCAAGAAGGAAUGGAGGUGAAAGAAAAAUCUGAAGAAAAAGUUCAGGAAAAACCACCUACCCCAAAAGAGUCACCUCACUUUUAUCGAAAAGGUACUACACCCCCUCGAACCCCAGAAGCAAGUCCAAGGCAUAGUCCUCCUGUUUCUUCUGAGCCUUCUCCUUCAAAACAACUGAAAAGGCAAAGCUCCACUUCUGGGGCAAGACUCAGUCAAGAAAAAAAGCUUUUAGCCACUGAGAAUAUAACACCCACAAUUAACAAGCCUUUACAUUCAAAAGCACCAACGAAGGAGGAAGUAGCUGUGAAACACCAGCCAAAGUUUUCAGCCCAUCACAAUCCCAUCAGCACAGAGAAUGGGGAGCUGCAUGGUCACUACCAUGGCUAUUAUGUAAAAAUGAAUCCAACAGUGCUUCCACAGGAGCUCAGGGAAGAAGAUGAAUAUGUCAACCCAUCACCGUCAACACUUGCACGGAUACCCCCCUCACAGAAGCCAAGUCCUGCUAGAUCUGGGGCUAAGCCAGAUGCCAAAGAAAACAAACCUGACACAAAAAUUAAGAAACCAGAAUUUGCUGCACCAAAGAACCCAGCUAAUAAUGAGUCACAUUCAGCAGUGGAAAAAGAAGUAGAAAACAGCUCGGGCCCUAACUCAGUCAUGAUCGCCCUGGUAAUGCUGUUGAAUAUUGGUUUAGCCAUUCUUUUUGUCCAUUUUCUAACUUGAUUGGAAUUAGGAAAGAAGUAUGUUGAGAAUCCUGUGUUUUGACCAGUGUGGAUAAAGAAGAAAGCAGAAAGAGAGCAAAUGAAAAUAAAACUUGUAUAUUUAUUUUUUAAAAAAGUUUAAAUUGUGUUUUAACUUUAGGAAAGUAAUUUUUAAAUAAGAACAAGAUUUUAAAAGUUACUGUGUAAGCCUUGACAUAAUGGACAAAAUGUUCCAUCCAACAGUGAAAUCGCCCCCUGUCUCCUUACAUGGAGAGGUAAUUUUGUAACUGACGUAUUUAAUUCCUAUUAAAUGUUUAUUUAAAAUACUUUAUGCUCUGGAAAUAAUGGUUA